AAGCACCAUGUUAUUUCCCACGGUAUCUCUGUGAAUAGUGGGGCAAAAGAUUGCCAGGGGCGGAUAGUUUGUGGAGAGAGGGGUAGAAGGAGAAAUAGUCUCCUGACUCUGUGCAUAUUCGUCAGAAAAGAGGGGGAAAGAGGACAGCUCGGUGAUCGACCUAAAGUUUUACAUGAUCUGGUACAGCAACAAAUUAAAAGAGCAAGGAGUCCAUCAGCAGAAUUAGAGAAUGAUACAAAAUUACGGGCAAUAGAACAAAUUUUUCCACCAUCGAUAUAUACAUCAAAUUUAAAUGUACCUAUUCGUUCACCGAGCAGUACAGUUAAGGCUAAGAUUCUUUUAUAUUUUGGUCCAAAUAUUCAGAAUUGGAAAACUCAAAACGAUUACGAAAUAUCGAUCGUUCAAGCUGACAAUCCCCAUAUACCAAAAGAUGCAGUAUACAUGUAUGAAAUGCUUUUUAAACAAGGAGUUUUUCUCAGCAAUCGUUGUAAAAGUUUUGGUGAGCGUCUAUGUUAUACUUGGAAUGAAAUGGGACCUUCGAAUUCUAAUAUGCGUUACGUGAGAAACAUAAUGUGUAUAAGUCAAACAACAUUUAGAACAUGGGGUAGAAUAUUUAUAAUGGAUGAUACUUCUACUGGCAGUAAAAUUGUUAUGUUGGAAGGUUCUAAAACAAAUGUUGGUGAAAAAAAUGCUCCUGUUAUACGUUUAGACCUUAGUGGAGUUAAACAUUAUUCACUAUUUCCUGGUCAAAUAAUUGCAGUGGAAGGUUUUAAUACCACUGGAGAUACUCUAAUAGUAAAACAAUUAUUUGUUAAAGGAUAUGCACAAUUAUUUGAUGAACCAAAAUUAUCAAUAGAUAUAAAAAUUUAUGUUGCGGUUGGCCCAUUUACAUCCUCUGACAAUUUAAAUUAUCAACCAUUGUGGGAUCUUAUGAAUCGCGUUGUAGAAGAAGAACCAAAUAUAUUAAUAUUAAUUGGACCUUUCAUAGAAUAUACACAUCCUGAAAUUAAAAAGUGUACCUUGAAAGAAACAUAUCAAGAUUUUUUUGAUACAAUUUUAAUGAAGAUUCUACAAUAUUUGCAAGGGAAAUCAACACGUAUUGUAUUAGUAUCUUCUAAUCGCGAUGCGCAUCAUGAUUCAAUUUUUCCGACACCAGAAUUUAUUAUAAAUACAAAUAAAAUUGGAUCAAAUGUGGCGAAUCUUUAUUCCAUGCCAGAUCCUUGCAUAAUAAAUAUAGAUAACUUGUAUAUAGGAAUAACAUCAGUUGAUAUCCUUAGACAUCUUGGACAGCAAGAAGUAUCGAAUACACCUGGAAUGGAUAGGCUCGGUCGGUUAGCUGAUCAUAUAUUGUCUCAAACUACAUUCUAUCCUUUGUAUCCUCCUCUUUCUGGCUUGAAUCUUGAUACAACACUUUGGACAAAGUACGCCUGUUUUGAGCGGCAACCACACAUAUUGAUUUUACCUUCCGAUGUGAAAUAUUAUUGCAAAUCAUUAAAUAAAUGUCUCGUUUUAAAUCCAGAACGAUUGCGAAAGUAUAUCUAUGCUAAAUUAUACAUACGAUCAAUGAAUAAUAGGAAAUGGGAUCCAAACAAUAUAUCUUGUGAAAUUGCAAAAAUCUAAAUAUAAGCGUUUUUUGUUUUUUGCAAAAUAAAUUAUAAAAAAAUAAAAAAAUGUAAAUUUAUAUAUUUAUUAUUUAAAAUACGAGGUUAAAAAAUAAUGAAAAGAA